UUGUACUCGACAUGGUUCGAGGUUGUGAAUUGUAUAUUUGACAAAGGAAAAUAAAUUAAUGGAGAGAUGAGUAAAGGACUCCUAUCUUAAUUAUUUGCCUGUCAAACAAAAAUCUGGAAAAUGAACUAAGGAGUUUUUACGCGCGAGAAAUGUUUGUUGGAGAGUCCACAAACUGGCAGAACACGCUCCAUCCAAACUUCCUAAGUAAAAUUCGGGGUUAGUGAACGUGAUUUGACAGUUAUGGAGAACGUUCAGCAGCGGAAGCCUGACAUUUUCAAUGGCACCACAACUAAGAAAAGGGAAGACUACCUGGAAUGGCCUGAGUACUUUAUGGCUGUUGCAUUUUUGUCAGCUCAGAGAAGCAAGGACCCGAGCUCACAGGUGGGGGCCUGUAUAGUGAAUCCGGAGAAUAAGAUAGUUGGUAUUGGCUACAACGGAAUGCCUAAUGGCUGUGACGAUGACCAGUUACCUUGGGCUCGGUCGGCGGAUGACCAGCUGAACACCAAGUAUCCAUACGUGUGCCAUGCAGAGUUAAAUGCCAUCAUGAACAAGAACAGUGCUGAUGUGAAGGGCUGCACCAUGUACGUAGCACUCUUCCCCUGCAACGAGUGUGCUAAGCUGAUCAUCCAAGCAGGAAUUAAAGAGGUGGUCUACCUUUCUGACAAAUACCAUGACAAACGAGAGAUGAUUGCCUCAAGAAGACUACUGAACAUGGCAGGAAUACAUUUCAAGCAGUUCAAGCCAAAAAGGACUGAGAUAGUUGUGGAUUUUAAUUCCAUAAACCACUCGACAGCGCUGGACAAUUUGACAAAGUGACCAUACAAAUUUUGAACAUAGCCAGUCAAAAAGAUGAAACAUGAGAGAGGACAGUUUAGCAUUUUUGAUGGUUUGAGUCCUGAAUGGUAAAUGCUUUCUUUGACACGAUACAAAUUAUGUGCUCUCUUACACUGUUUUUUUCUGGAAGAAAUACGUAUUUACGCUGUUUUUACAUUUUUUCAGGGGAAAAAAAUGGCGAAGAACCUAAAAAUCUUGUUUUCAAGUUAAAAAAAUCCUUUAAAUCGCAUGUAUUUUAUUUCAUUCUUUUAGCUCCACUGGUAUGAAAGGAAAUGUUCAGCUUCAGACCUUAUACACUUUAUCACAUAAACAGACUUAAAAUAUUCAUGUUUUGUUUGUUCUCUAUUGAUCUCUUUUAAACUCUGGUUGUCCUGGCAGUAUUGCGAGGACCAUUUGUCCUGGUAUGAGAAGAUUUAUCCACUCAAAAGCAUGUAUUUUGCCUAAAUCAUUGAUAUUUUGUUUCCAAUGAAAAUAUGACCAGUACUCUGCUUUAAGUCCCGUUACAGUUUUGAGACCGGUUUCUAGAAAGGGCAUUUGUAAAUUCCAGCUAUCCCUUAAAAGUCUACCAUCACUGUAAAACUCUUCUACUGUAUAUUAUUAAUUGCUUGACAUUGAUUACCAGUAUUGCACAAUAAAAAAUUUAGAUAUAAUACUUAAUAUGAUGCUCGGCACCAAAAAUGGUCUGAAAAACAAAGCUUUAUUUAUACUGCACUGUUUUCCUUUAUGUGGUUGGUUGUCCAAUCGGUGUGGAUGAUUAGAUUGAUUAGAAUUAUAUGAUAAAUGCCACUUGAUUAUAACCAACUAUACAUACCGUAUAUGUAUACAUAAUCACAGCAGUGCAACAUUUGUUCCAUGUUGUUAAGUACUAACAGUAUAUUUGAAAUACUAUUGGUUGAUGGAUUACUGGUACAUUUUCCAUACUAUAGUGGGAUUUAACUUUUUAUUCUCUCUAACUAGUUUUUACAUUGCACAGCAGUUUAUAAUAUUGUUUGAAUAUAUGUGUACUUGUUGUGUAUCAGUGCACAAGGUGUCAGCUGUUUCAUGCAUUUGUGCAAUAAAC